AUGUCUACUUCACCGGUUCCACCGCCGCUCUCGCCGCAUCAGCAACCGCAACAAGGGCCGCAUCCGCCGACAACCAACGCGGCGUUGCUCCAGAUCUUGGCCCAGCAGCAGCAGCUGAUGACCGAGCUCGCGGCGCAGGUGAAGGGGAUGUCGAGGGAUGAAGUCGUGCUAGACUCACUCUCCAGCAACAUCGCCGAGUUUGCGUACGAUCCGGAACAUGGGUGCACCUUUGACUCCUGGUACGCGAGGUAUGCGGAUCUGUUCGACAAAGACGCGGGCAAAUUGGACGACGCAGCGAAGAUCCGGCUACUCAUGCGGAAGUUAAACCCAGCGGCCCACGAACGAUUCACGAGCUUCAUCCUCCCUAAAACGCCCAAGGACUUCAUGGAGUUCUCUGUGGUCGUGACGAAGCUCAAGACCAUCUUCGGGACGCCAGUGUCCGUCUUCAACCGCAGAUUCCACUGCCUGCAAAUAACCAAAGACGACGCCAAAGAUUUUGUGUCCUACUCUUGUCGGGUGAACCGGGCAUGCGUCGACUUCAAGAUCAGCGAACUCUCCGAAGAACAGUUCAAAACGCUAAUCUUCGUGUGCGGACUGAAGUCUCCCCGUGAAUCCGACAUCCGCAUGCGACUGAUCACCAAACUGAACGAGCGAGCGGAGGUCACGCUGGAGCAGGUGGUCGAGGACUGCAAGAACCUGGUCAACCUCAAGAAGGACACCAGCCUCGUGGAGAAGCAGGAGCACCUGCGCUCGUCCAGGAGGUGCGCUGACUGCAAGUUCCGGGACCACGUUUGCCGCGACUGCAAGAAGAAGGGGCACAAAGAAGGGUAUUGCGCCUGUUUUGCGAGGAAGGGGAAGAAGAAACCCCCGUCCAAGGGCGUGAAGGUGGUAUCAGUCAAGAACGUCAGCCAGAGGAGGAAGUUUGCCGAGAUCGAGAUCAACCAGGUCCCGGUGCAGCUGCAGAUCGACUCAGCGUCGGAUAUAACCGUCAUUUCCGACCGGUGCUGGAAGCAGAUUGGGAGUCCUUCCGGUGUCAAACCAUCGUGCAGCGCAAAAACGGCCUCUGGGGCACCCCUUGACCUCGCACUGGAAUUCUGGUGCGACGUGGAGAUCAGCGGCAUCACGAAGCGCAGCCUGUGCCGCGUCGUGUCUCCCAAAAUCGACUUGAACAUUCUUGGCGCUGACUGGAUUAGUGCAUUUGGGCUGUGGGACGUUCCAUUCAGUUCAUUUUGCCGCAAAAUCGCCGAGUCAGCCCCCGAUGCCGUUCAAGCACUGCAAGCACAGUUCCCCAAAGUCUUCACCAGCGAGAUGGGACUGUGCACCAAGACGAAAGUUCAGCUCGCACUCAAGGAGAACUCGAAGCCUGUGUUCUGUCCCAAGCGUCCCGUGGCGUAUGCGAUGCAGAGCGCCGUGGAGACCGAACUUCAACGACUGCAGGAUCUCGGAGUUCUCGUGCCGGUGGAUCACUCCAACUGGGCGGCUCCGAUCGUCGUCGUACGGAAGCCGAACGGGUCCGUGCGGAUCUGUGCUGACUUUUCCACCGGGCUGAACAGCUGCUUGGAACCAAACCAGUACCCGCUCCCUCUGCCGGAGGACAUCUUUGCGAAGAUGGCGGGUUGCAAACUGUACAGCCACAUCGACCUGUCGGAUGCCUAUCUGCAGGUUGAAGUCGAUCCGAAGGACCAACACCUGCUGACCAUCAACACGCACAAAGGGUUGUACCGCUACACCCGCCUCACUCCGGGCAUCACCUCUGCACCGGGGUCCUACCAACAGUUGAUGGACACAAUGGUUGGCGAUCUCAACGGAACCUGUGGGUACUUGGACGACAUCCUUGUCGGUGGCCACACACCGGAAGAGCACGAUCGCAACCUUCAGCAGGUCCUCCGCCGUCUCGAAGAGUACGGCCUCACCGUCCGGAUCGAAAAGUGCAGUUUCCGGAUGCCUCAGGUCAAGUACCUGGGACAGAUCCUCGAUGGCGAUGGUAUCAGGCCGGACCCGGACAAGACUUCGGCCGUCGCAACCAUGCCGCCGCCUCACGACGUCUCAUCGUUGCGCUCGUACCUCGGCGCCGUAAACUAUUAUGGCAAGUACAUUCCGGAAAUGCGCAAACUCCGGUAUCCGAUGGACCAGCUGCUCAAGGCGGGCGUCAAGUGGGAGUGGUCCGAGGCGUGCCAGCACGCGUUCAACCGGUUUCUCUCGGCGGACGCCUCACAACACGGAAUGGGCGCGCGCAUCGCCCACAAGCUGCCGGACGGCACCGUCAAGGCGAUCUCGUACGCGUCGCGCAGUCUCACUCCCGCUGAAGCAAACUACAGUCAGAUUGAGAAAGAGGGACUCGGACUCAUCUUCGCUGUCACCCGGUUCCACCGGAUGAUUUUUGGCCGGAGUUUCACGCUGGAGACGGACCACAAACCGUUGUUGGCGAUCUUCGGAAGCAAGAAGGGCAUCCCGGUGUACACGGCGAACAGGUUGCAGCGUUGGGCACUAACUCUGUUGCUCUACGACUUUGCGAUCCAGUACAUCCGGACGGAGAGCUUCGGAUACGCAGAUGUGCUUUCGCGGCUGAUAAACACACACAUUCGGCCGAACGAAGAGUAUGUCAUCGCCGCGGUCGAACUCGAAGACUGCAUGCAGGACAUCGUGAAGCAGUCCCUGGCGCAUCUGCCGAUCACGUUCAAGAUGGUCCAAGGCGGAACGAAAGCAGAUCCGGUGCUCAAGCAGGUGAUCCAGUUCGUGCAGACGGGUUGGCCAACAAACAGGACCGACCUCACCGAUCAACACGUGCAGCAGUUCCACCAGCGCAGAGACAGUCUAUCGUUGGUUUCCAACUGUCUCAUGUACGGAGAGCGAACGGUCAUUCCAGCCAAGUUCCGGGACCGUGUCCUCCAUCAGCUGCACAAGGGGCAUCCAGGAGUGGAACGAAUGCGGUCGGUGGCACGUAACUACGUCUACUGGCCUGGUAUCGACGAACACAUCACCCAGCUUGUUCGUUCGUGCAACGAGUGCGCCAAGGCAGCAAAAACCAACCCCAAGACCAGCCUGGAGAGCUGGCCGAUACCAACGCAACCGUGGCAGCGGGUGCAUGCUGAUUUCGCUGGCCCUGUGGACGGACUCUACUUUCUGGUCGUGGUCGACGCGUUCAGCAGAUGGCCGGAGGUGGUGCCUACCAAGCGGAUUACCACCACAGCCACGAUCGCCAUCUUCAGGGAAAUUUUCUCGCGGCACGGCAUGCCGGAGACGCUGGUAACCGACAACGGCACGCAGUUUACCAGCGAGGACUUCGAAGGCUACUGCAACAGCAAUGGCAUUCUCCACCUGAAGACACCGCCGUACCACCCGCAGUCCAACGGGCUCGCCGAGCGCUUCGUGGACACGUUCAAGCGCACACUGAAGAAAAUAACCGCGGGGGGAGAGGCCCUCCGUCAAGCCAUCGACACUUUUCUGUUGUGCUACCGAUCCACUCCGUGUCGAAGCGCGCCGCAGAGCAAAACGCCAGCAGAACUUCUGCUGGGAAGACGGCUUCGCACAUCGCUGGACCUACUGAAGCCACCGACGCCGUUCAACAAACCCGCAGAUUCCGAGCAGGAGAAGCAGUUCAACCGCAAGCACGGCGCUAAGGCUCGGAACUACAACGUCAAAGAUCUGGUUUGGGCCAAAGUUCAUCGCAACAACACUUGGACUUGGGAGCCUGGCCAGGUGCUGGAACGGGUCGGCGCUGUUGUUUACAACGUGUGGCUGCCGAGCAAACAAGAUCUGAUCCGGUCUCACUGCAACCAACUGCGGAAGCGCCACGAGUCCGAAGCGGUCGAGUCAACUGAAGAGCAGCAGCCACUGAGCCAGCAGUUCAACAACCGGAUCCAGAGCCACAACCAUCGAGUUCGGGGAACGAGCUUCUCCCGGAUCAGGAACCAGGGGUGGUUCCACGUCGCCCUCGCCCUCAACGAAGAGCUACUCCUCAGCAACACCAAGGACCAUCUCGCACGUCUUCUCGUAUACGAAGACCGCCUGUGA